AAAAGCAAAACGGUGGCGUUGGAUACUCAGACGUCCUCUGAUAAAAACGUUGUGUUUGGAAGCAAGCAGUAGAAGAAUGGAAAAGCAGCAAGAGAAGAAAAAAAACCCUAAGCAGCAGCAUUUACCGCUCAAUCCCAACUGGGCGCAGCUCCAACAAAAGCUUAAAAGCCAUGGCUUUAGGCCUUCAAGGCCCUCAAAUAAUUCAAACUCAGAAACCCAAAAAUCUAUAUUAGGGAAGCGUAAAGAUAGACCCGAUCAAGCAUCUGACGAGUCUCAGCUGAAUCCUUUAGCUCCAACUAAUGAUGAUUUCAGUCUGACAGAUGUGAUAGCCAUUGAUUGUGAAAUGGUUGGCACUGGUCAAGGAAACAGAAGUGCUCUUGGACGCGUAACACUGGUGAAUCAGUGGGGAAAUGUUAUGCAUGAUGAGUUUGUUCGCCCAAUAGAACGUGUUGUUGACUUCCGUACAAAAAUUAGUGGCAUUCGACCCCAACACUUGAGGAAAGCAAAGGAUUUCCCAACUGUUCAGAAGAAAGUUGCAGAGAUGAUUAAAGGAAGGGUUCUUGUGGGUCAUGCCUUGUCCAAUGAUCUUAAGGCAUUGCUAUUGAGUCAUCCCAAAAAGGACAUGCGGGAUACUUCAGAGUAUCAACCCUUUCUCAAGGAGGGACGCAGAAAGGCCCUUCGGCAUCUUGCAGCUGAAUUUCUUGGUGCCAAAAUACAGAAUGGAGAGCACUGCCCAAUAGAAGAUGCUCGAGCAGCAAUGCUGCUGUACCAGAAAAACAAAAAACAAUGGGAGAAGAGUAUUAAAGAUCAAAUGAGAAUGAAACAAAAACAGAAGAAACGCAAGCACAAAAAGAAACCAAAGUUGGCACCGGGAGUUAACGGCGCUGCUACUGCUUCAUAGCAUUUGCUGCUGCUUGUUCUGCUAACACAUCAGAAGAUGUGCUUAAUACAAAUUCAGUCCACUUGGCAGUGAUCCAAUAGCUGAGCUUCCGAAUGGUUGGAUGAAAGAAGAGGAUGCAUCGGCCGGCAUUUAUUAUUCAAAGCAUAAAGGGAAACACAAUCUCAUGCUAGUCUCUAAGUUCAAGUAACUGAUUUGUUCAUGUAUGAUAUGUAUUGAUUUUGGAUCACAAGUACCAAUAAAAAAUGCAUAAAAUCUUGAAUUUCUUGGGUUUUUGCUUAACCUUCUAAGCAGUACUAAUCUUAAAUCAUAUGUUUUAGGCUUUGGAUUUCCCUUGUCCAACAUUAAUAGUUUCAUUGUAGCUAUUUAUGUAAUGUAAAAGAACAUGUAAGUUCAUUAUAUUAUCUCCGUAUUGAUUAUUCAUAUUUUAUAA